AUGGAGGUUGUGAUGGCGGGAUUUGAAUCCCAUCGUGAGGUUGUAGUCAAAAGAUUUUUGGGCAGAUCAGUAUGGGGAGGGAACUGUGAGAUCAAAACCCAUGAAGCAGGUCUCCUUGAAUCUCAUCCUCAUGUAGAAGUGGAUGUGCGUUAUAGGUUAUGCCAGCUCCCUGUGUCCGUGCUGCAGGGGCGGCUGUGGAGGCAUGCCGGAGCUUGGCAGGGCCGGGAAGGAGCACCUUACAGCAUGCGUGUGCCAUCUGACGAAGUAACUAUUAAUUACAGACACGGUCUUCCUGUGAUAACUCUUACGCUGCCCACAAGAAGUGAGCGCUGUCGGUUCACUGUUAAGCCAAUGGUGACCACAGUAGGUCAGGAUGUGCAGAGAGAAGAUAAAGGAAUUGAGAGGGCCGAAGUCUUUGCAACAGAUGGUAGCAAGGUCUCUGAUGCAACGUUGAUGGAAGUCUUAUUGAUGAAUGACUUUAAACUUGUUAUCAACAAAACAGCAUACAGUGUGUCACCUCCUGUAAAAGAUAAGCUGAGUAGUGAGCAUGCCACUGAAAUGGAAGAUAUCAAAUCCUUGGUUCACAGACUGUUUGUGGCUCUACACUUAGAAAAUCACCAGAUCAGGAAAGAGAGAGAAUUGCUACAGAAACUGGACCAUCUGAAGGAAGAGCUGCUGCCUCUUGAACAGAUGAAAGCCAGAAUCACGGACAGUGCGGAUGCAAAGACCUCCAGGCUCCUAUGGGUUGGCUUAGCUCUGAUGUCCACACAGGGGGGAGCAUUGGCGUGGCUCACGUGGUGGGUGUAUUCGUGGGACAUCAUGGAGCCGGUCACGUACUUCAUCACUUACGGGAGUGCCAUGGCUUUCUACGCCUACUUUGUUCUUACUAAACAG